UGCGUGCGUUCUUAUCAACUUGUCAAAGAACGCUACAAACUUCAUUAAAUAAGGACCCAACUUUCUUGUGUCUUAUCUCUCUCUAUCUCUCUCCUUCAUUUGCUCUGUUCGUUGUGAUCUUUUCUCUCUCUUCUGCUUUGCUUUUAUCCAAAAGGGAUAGUUUAAAGUUCCGAUCUUGCUCUGAUAACUUCUCGAGUUCGUGGAAAUGGGUUCUUCUGUGGAGCAGAACAUUCUUGUUACGGGUGGUGCUGGAUUUAUUGGGACACAUACUGUUGUUCAGCUUCUGAAAGAGGGUUUCAAGGUUUCGAUCAUCGAUAAUCUUGAUAACUCUGUUAUCGAAGCCGUCGAUAGGGUUAGGGAGCUCGUUGGUCCUGAUCUCUCCAAGAAGCUCGAGUUUAAUCUGGGUGAUCUAAGAAACAAAGGGGAUAUUGAGAAACUCUUUUCCAAGCAGAGAUUUGAUGCUGUGAUCCAUUUUGCUGGUCUUAAAGCUGUGGGUGAAAGUGUUGGCAACCCUCGUCGCUACUUUGACAAUAACUUGGUCGGAACAAUCAAUCUAUAUGAGACCAUGGCAAAGUACAACUGCAAAAUGAUGGUGUUUUCAUCAUCUGCAACUGUUUAUGGACAACCUGAGAAAAUUCCAUGCGUGGAAGACUUUGAAUUGAAAGCAAUGAAUCCUUAUGGUCGUACCAAGCUGUUUCUUGAAGAAAUAGCUAGAGAUAUCCACGCAGCGGAACCAGAAUGGAGGAUUGUUCUGCUGAGGUACUUCAAUCCUGUGGGAGCGCAUGAGAGUGGCAGAAUUGGUGAGGAUCCAAAGGGAAUCCCCAAUAACCUCAUGCCUUAUAUCCAACAAGUGGCUGUGGGACGUCUACCUGAGCUCAAUGUCUACGGACAUGACUACCCUACCGAGGAUGGUAGUGCGGUAAGAGACUACAUCCAUGUGAUGGAUUUGGCAGAUGGCCAUAUCGCUGCGCUAAGGAAGCUAUUUGCUGAUCCGACGAUUGGCUGUACUGCUUACAAUCUAGGGACUGGACGAGGAACGUCUGUGUUAGAAAUGGUUGCAGCUUUUGAAAAAGCUUCCGGCAAGAAAAUACCUAUCAAGCUCUGUCCAAGAAGGGCAGGAGAUGCAACUGCAGUUUAUGCUUCAACGGAGAGAGCUGAGAAAGAACUUGGCUGGAAGGCAAAAUACGGAGUUGAUGAGAUGUGCAGAGAUCAGUGGAACUGGGCAAACAACAAUCCAUGGGGCUACCAGAAGAAGCUUUGAGUGCUCACAUCUCUCUCUGUUUUUCUUAGUUACCAUGUCUAAUCACCCAAUAUAAAAGAAAAGUGUGUAUACACAUCAUAUAGUGUUUGCUUUAUUUUCUAUGUAUCGAACCAGUCUCCUACUUCAUUGAAUAAAUAGCUUUAUACACAUC